AUGUCGUCAAAGCUCAUCAAGUCCAAAUCCUUUUCAGUUCACUCCUUGAAGGACUACCCUCCCGUCCGACACGAGACGUUUGAUUUUAGUCAGAACGACCCCUAUACGGCCAAGACAUGGCUAAAGCAGAUCGAGAUGACUGCUAAGCUGUGCAAAUUACCCGAUACCGACUGGCCGACCGCGUCUAUCCUCAAGCUCCGAGGCGUUGCCCAAGUCUGGGGACAGAGCUUGGAUGAGGCCCAUCCUGAACUCACUUGGACCGAGUUCAAGGCUGCCUUCAGUCGCCAGUUUGGCACUGACGAGCUGGAGUCUACACAUCGCAACAACCUCGCAGCCGUCGUCUGGGACAGAAGCGAUACCCCGAACUCGUAUUUCCAACGUUAUGAGUUCGCUGCUGCCCCCAUUGCCUCUAAGUUAACCGAUGCCCCGCUUGCUCUCGACAUCCAGUAA